UGUGCAAAAAUACAGCUGAAUUAUAUUUUCAUGACAUACUUAUGAAGUAAAAGCCAAUACCCUUAAUUGAUUAUUAUCAUUAUUAUCAAAUCAAUGCCCUAUGUCACAUAGGCAAGAUUCAGAAAAAUAGUGUGAUGUCUUAGAAAAGAUUAACCCUUGAGAGGGGGAAUGUGGGGAUGUAACCCGAUGCAGGUGAACAGGUACCUUCAAACAUGCAAUGUGUCUUUGUGUUUACAAUGACCAAAUAACCCCAUUUGAAUGAAGUCCCAGUGAAGCAGUCAGGCAAAGUAGUACUUUGUACACAGGAGUUGGAAGUUAAAACUGAACAGUGUUGAGUCAGCUCGUCUAUAGCGGGUCACAUCUAUAUAUAACCCUGACAGCUUCUGACCACACUAAACAAAAACACACGGGCUGCAAGCUGGAGGGCUCCAAGGCACACGUUCACAUCAACAGAUAGAAAUGGAUGAGCAGGAAAGCAUAAAUGAGGAACUUAUCAAGUUUGCCAUUCGAGAGAGCAUUUCAGAUGCUCACAAGCUGCCAUGUUCGAACAGGAAGAAAUCAAACAGUGACAACUUAGUCAAGAUUAUGGCAGCCAUUCACGAGGGCCAUGUGUAUGGGCUGCAGGAGCUGUCAAGUUGUGUGUCUGCCUUCAGAGAGAGCGACAGCCGGGGCUGGCUGCCUCUGCAUGCAGCAGCUGUGCAGCCACAGCGAGACGUCCUGUAUGUGGUGCUGCAGGCAGUGUUAACAUCUACAGACCUGACCCUGGAGGAGCUGACAGAUGAUGGGGACACGUCUCUGACUCUGGCAGCAGAGGCCGGGCUGGUGGAAAAUGUCAGGAUGCUGCUGCAGCACGGAGCUUCACCACACAACACCAACAGCAGGAACGAGUCUCCUCUUCUGAUUGCUGUAAGACAGAGAUCAUACGACAUGGUUUUAUCCCUCGUCAUGGGUGGGGCCUUUGUGGAGCAGGUGUGUCUCACUAAGUGGACGGCCACACAUGAAGCUGCAAAGGUGGGUUGUCCAGCUAUUCUGAUGCUGCUGCUUCAACACGGGGCCAAAGUAACAGCCAGAGGCGAGCAUGGGGUUACUCCUCUUGGGAUCGCGGCUGAAUAUGGCAACACCGAAGCCUUGGAGAUACUCAUCCAGCAUGGUGGUGACGUGAGUGCCCAGUCCAGCAAUGGAGACACUGUCCUGUAUGAUGCAGCUGGAUCUGGAAACCUGGACUGUGUUGAGCUGCUCCUGCGCCACGGAGCCAACCCAAAUGUAGCCAGCUACGCCUGUCAGCUGCCCAUCCACAGAGCUGCAUAUGAGGGACACAUACUAGUCCUGAGGACUCUCAUCCCCAUUACGGCAAAAAGAGCUAUCCAUCUCUCAGGCCAGAACCCCAUCCACUCAGCAGCUGACGGGGGACAGGUCAAGUGUCUGGAGCUGCUAAUUCAGAAAGGAUAUGAUGUCAACGCCUUGCUGAGAACACACAUCUCUGAGAACUACGGGGACCUUAGGAAGACUCCUCUGUACUUCGCUGUUUCCAACGGUGAUGUAACCUGUGCUGAGACGCUGCUGGCAGCUGGUGCAAACCCUGACCUGGACCCAUUACGUUGCAUCCUGGUCGCUAUACGCGCUGAGAGGUAUGAGCUGGUGCAGCUGUUGCUGUCCUAUGGAGCAGAGGUGAAUUGUUACUUCAGAGAGAUCAACAACACACUGUUCCCCACUGCCCUGCAGUACAGCCUGAGGGACCCUGUCAUGCUGCAGCUGCUGCUCAACAGUGGAUAUCAAGCUUACAGGUGUUUCCAUUGUUGCCAUGGUAAUGGUGAAGAAAUGGAUAGUAGCUGGACUGACCUCCAUAACCAAGCCUACCAGAUUUACAGUCAACCUAACGCCAUCUCAUUCUGCGAGUUUAUAUCUGUUUCGUGGGUCACACAUCUGGUCGGCAGUGUUGUAAGGAUGCUCCUGGACUACGUCAGCCACGUCAACAUCUGUCCCAUCCUCGAACGCGUCCUGGAGAAAACACCCGAGUGGGAUGAGAUUUCUGGCAUACUGAGCAAGCCACGGUCCCUAAAGCACUUGUGUCGGCUGGUAAUCAGAGGUCACAUGAGCCUCAGGACGCUGAAUGACCCUGUAGCCGUGGCUGCUGUCCCAUAUCCUCCGAGACUGAAGAACUACCUGACCUACAAAGAGUGACCUGUAUGAUCUCUCAACUACGUGAAACACAUUCUAUUUAUACAAGUGUGAUUGAAACACUAAUGAAAAAGCACUAGUCACUCUUUUAGCCAAUGGAAAUAUAUCUGUCAAAGUCCUUUUGUAUGUCAUUUGUCAUGUGGUAAUGAGCUUGAGUGCCUUACAGUGUGUGACAGUGUCUACUUUUUCUUUUAUACAGUAUAUCACAAUAUAAACAUUUUUUUUCACCGGAUUGAACAAUUAAAAUGUCUCUUUUCUUUA